UUAGCCCAACCAUUUCUACUCUUAUCGUCUCCCUCUUCCUCUUCCUCUCACUCCUCCAUGCUAAUUAUGGAGUCUCUUUCUUUGCUCCUCUCAUCCUCUCCACCUCUUCAAAACCACCCUAGAACCCUUAAAUCUACCUCCUCCAAAUCCACUUCUAUUCUCCCCAACUCUCUCUCUCUUUCUUCUUCUUCAACCCAUUCUUCCACCACCCAAAUAAACGAUCUUUCUCUUCUCAAAACUUUAACCAAAACCCAUCUCUCUUUCACCAUAGUUGACCUCUUUACUUCUCUCCCUUGCCUUGCAGCUGAAACUGUUGUCUCUUCAACCGAACCGGCUUCAGACAAAAUAAACUUGGAGUCAAUCUUAAUCUCCAUUGAUGACUUCUUCAACAGAUACCCUUUCUUUGUUGCUACCUGUACAUUCAUUUGGCUUUUUGUUAUACCCUUAACCCAACAGUACUUAAGCAAAUAUAAGUUGGUCUCUGCCAUUGAUGCUUUUAGGAAACUCCGUGAUGACCCUAAUGCUCAGCUUCUCGAUAUCAGGAACACCAAGACUUUGGUGUCUCUGGGGUCUCCCAAUUUGAAAUCUUUAAGCAAGAGUGUGGUUCAGGUUCAAUUUACUGAAGGAGAUGAAGAUGGGUUUGUUAAGAAUGUGUUGGAUAAUUUUGCUGACCCUGCAAAUACUGUUCUCUGUAUUAUGGACAAUUUUGAAGGUAAUUCCUUGACUGCGGCGGAGUUGUUGUUCAAGAAUGGGUUCAAAGAGGCUUAUGCAAUCAAGGGUGGGGUUAGAGGCAAACAAGGGUGGUUGGAAAUACAGGAUACCUUAUUGCCACCUUCUGUACACAUCAUACCAAGGAAGAAAAAGAAGGUUAAAGUUUCGCAAAAGCUUGGGAUAAAUGGAGUUAACCAACAAUCUGGAGAUAAAAAGGAGGACUCCUCAUCUGUAAGUGUCGCUAUUGUACAAAGCCAAAUGGAGAACAAUGUGCAUUUAAACAACUCUACAAACAUAAAAAUUGGCUCAAGAUCAUCCUCUUUCUACCAAAUUACCCAGAUCUGAAACCACCAUCCUCGCCGACGCCAUCAAAGCCAUGAAACCAAUGCUACAAGGAUCUUGCUCAAACUCAAUCAUCUUUGAGAUUCAUCUUCUGGUAAGCCAUGAAACUCAAGGAUCAAAGCGAUGAAACUGAUGCUUCAAGGAUCUUGCCGAAACUCAAUCAUCUUUGAG